AUGCAUCCGCCUCUUAUCAUGAAAUGGUGUUGGAGUAGAUUGCCAGGCGGCGUCGUUACUUGGGACGCCUACGAGCUGUUCCGUAUUGGAGAGUCUGAUUCAAACUUCGCCCGCCACGCCUUCGAUACCUUUAUUCCCAUGAGCGUCGAGUCGGACGCGCGCAAGAACAUCAUUUUUGACUUUUUCGACUUGCUGUCCGCUGUAGCAGCGCGCGGAAAGAGCAAUGGCAUGGGUGGGAGGAAGCUGUCCCGCUUAGCAGGCUGGUGGGCAUUCGAAUUUGCCGAAGAUGGCAAGGGCUUCGAAGGGGGAUACCACACUUGGGAGAAAGCCGCAGAUGCUGCUAGCCAUCUCUUCUUCGCCUAUCUCCGUUCGCUCUCGCCAGACCUGAACCAGAUUGGUGCCAUCUCCACACUGCCUCGAUCACUGCUAGCGCUUCUUUCCCAGACUGAAUACCCACCACAAACCCCGGCGCUCAUGAAGACCCGUACGACCAAGGUGGUUAUGAUUGUCGAUUCCGUUUCGCCUACACCCUUUGCUCUGUUACGACGUGCGAAACACUUCGAGUACAGAGACGAUGACGCUGCACUGCAGCAAUUCUCUGCCUAUGAAGAUACCGUCAAGGCGUUAACGGAUGAGUGUCGCAGAGUGCUCGAAUGUAUAUCAACCGCCAACCAAUCGGUUGUAUCACCUGAAGCGCGGACACCAGAUCCUUCCUGGUCUCGAUUUGAAGACAUGGGCUUCUCUGGACUGCUCGAGAGCGCCCCAGAAAACUCCAAUGGCACGUCUCUCGGCGGUGGUACCCGUGAAUUCUCUAAUAUGCGCCCUGGAGCACAAUCCAAGACCAAUGACUUUGGCCGUCCCACUACCCCGUCCUGGGCCGACUUCCUAUCGUCUGGUUUUGCUGACGAGAACAAUCACACUUCGCCCAAUACUUUGUUGUUACCAACACAGAAGUUGCCGCCUCUGGGCGAGGUUGCGCGCGUACAUAGCUCCCAAUCGCACGUGCGAAAUGGGAUGAUGGAGGCAGAUCUAGAGCCCGGUGAGCUAGCAAGCAUUGUUCAGUUUGACCUCGACGAGACUUUCUGGUGGGUCUGGAUGACUAGUUUGGCUAGCGAAGAAACUACAGACCGAAAGGCAGCAUUCGGAAGAUGUGCUCUGAUCGAAACUCGGAUACCCGGCGCCAAAUGGCUCGUGAUGGAGGAACAGGUGAAAGGUGCCUCUCCAGGACCUGAGGAAGGGGCUUACAUUGCGGAGAAGAAGUCAAAGUUUAGCUUCACAAGGCGUGGUCGUCUCGGACGGCGCAAGUCGACCGGAAAGAAGGCGACACCCAAAGAACCAUACAACCGGACAACUGCGAAUACGCCCAUAAGCAAAUCCAGUAUCGCCCCCGAUCAGCACGCGAGGAUUCAAGCUGCCGCUGCCAGAUUGGCACAGAAUGAUCGUGACCAGAAGGAUGCAGCAAAUCCUGUACAACGUCGAGGCCGCAAUGACGACACAACCUCUGUCAAAACCAACAGUGUGCUGACACUCCAACCGCAUCUUUUGAGUGAGGCAGGCCCAGCCAUGAAAUGGGACAAGAAAUUUGGUGAGGCCGCAAUGGACAAGGAUGCCCUUCGCGCCCAGUAUCUGGGAGACAACAGUGCUGGGAAAGGAUUAGGGUCAAAAGACAAUUCUCUAUCUGCUGCUAACGGCCGUUUUUCCCCUUCGCCACCAGAGGUCGCAAACCGAGACCUACCAGCACUCCCCAAAUCGGACGUGCAUGCGUCCAGCACCCUCAGAGCUGGUUCGCGUUCUCCCGCUCCCAUCUCUACCAACACACCUCCAAGUGAAGUGGCAUCAGCAACCCGAGUACCUUGGCCGAAUGAUUCCCCAGCACCAUCUCCAUUACCCAAGGAAAAGUCAAUUCCCAUAACACGUCCGGUUGAGCAGACCGUUGCGGCUCCCAUUGGAGAGAAUUUUGGCCCGCAAAAGGAAACUGCAACACAACAUCCAGCUCUACGAAAAUCGGUUCCUGAAAGGAAGCCUGUUGUCGCCACCCAAACUACUGUGCGGGCCAGUGAAGAGCAGACUCGGGCGUCCGAAAAGAAGCUAUCUCCCAACAAACUUAAGAAGAAGGAGGGAGGAGGCUUUCGCAAACUAUUUGGGAGGAAAAAGACGGACGCGGCUGCGCCGACUUCCGUACCUGUAGCUGGGAAAGCUGUCAAGCCGGCACAGUAUGAGAAUGAUCGUUACUCGCCUACACCUGAUGUAUCACGCAGUGCAUCUCGCUUCGAGGAUCAUCAGGUCGCGAUGGAGAACCCGUCCCCAAGAUACAGCGUCGACCAAGCGGAGAAUUUGAGAGCGCCUUCGCCGAGAUAUGAGCAGAGCACCGGUGCUUCUUCGAUGGUGUUGCCAGAGCGACAAAUGCCUCAUCACGCCGCAGUUCCUGGUGCCCCCGCUACACAGCAGGAGAUUGACCAAGCCUUUACGAGGUUUGAUCAAGGACCAAUGAACGACAUGCCAGCCUUUGUUCCUGCCGAUGAUAAUAGCGAAGACGACGCGGCUGCUGCACCCAGCGUUCCUCGCCGACAACUACAUCACGGUGAGCAACGAGAGCCUGUGACGCCAACGCAAUAUGUCCCGCAUCAAAGCGAUGAUAUUUCCGAGGAAUCGAUCGAGAUCACUCGACAGGUAUCCCCUUCACAGGACCGAUGGGCCCAAAUUCGCAAGAAUGCGGCCGAGCGUGCACAGAGGCGCAGCGAAGAACAAGUCCGUCGGAGCCGGAGUCAAAGCCAGAGCCAACGUACGGAUGAAGGGGAAACAAGCGGCGAGGAGACUAUCGAGAGUCGAGUUGCUCGUAUCAAGGCUCGAGUUGCUGAACUGACGGGCAAUGUUGAUGGCCAGUCACCCGGAGCUGGUGCGGAUAGGCGAUGGUAG